CAGCAGCAGCAGAGGCUCGGGCGCUUCUCUGACGCACCAUCAGAGAUGAGCAUCCCGGUCCCACGGGCUGUCAGGGUAGACUCUCUCGACAUCUCCUCCUCGAAUCACAGCGGUCAAGCUCUCAGCAUCGGCUCUGUUUAUUUCUCGUCUGCGCUCCGUUUCGCUUCGUAACCUGUCACAUUCCGCUCUGCGUUUGGCUGGGAUGCCCACAGUUGCCAUCGUCUGGGAAUUUACUUCGGAGGUGAUUGUGUACCCGCAACAACUGUCAACGAGAAAGUGAUUCAUUCCUGUCCUCAUGUGCAGGGAUCUUCUUGUUUUCGGGGCAUCCUUCAGGACAUUCCUGCGCCUCUGAGAUAAGUGAAGGUGGACAGAGAAGGCUGAAUAAGAAGGCUCUUUUGACAGGAGAUCGUUUGGAUGACGGACACCGAGACGCAAUAGCGCGAAUCUGCGCCCUUGGAAUAUUCUCACAGAGGCUGUUAUACAGUAGAAAUAUUUUUCUUAGUUUGCAGUGAUAAUCCAAACGACGAGUUUGCCCACUGCAGGGGCUUCUGCGGUUUUCCUGUCUGCUCUGUUUUGAACUACGGUUUCCUUGACGGACGGGCGUCUGAGCAUCCUGGACGAGCCCGAAUUUGCGAUGCCCAAACAGUGACGGGCACGGUGGGAUCUCGUUUGGUCACCCUGCGCGGUCGCAUGGCUCCAGCCCGGAGGGACUGCAGCGGCUGGGAGAUGUUCCUCCCGACGGGAUGCCUGCUGCUUUCUGUUUUGCUGCUUCACCCUGCUCUGGCCAAAGUGUGCAACGACCGCACCAAACACGGACAGGACAACAGCUGGUUCGCCAGGGACGGAGAAAACUUGCCCAUCAUGGUUCUAAUGCCCAUGAACGAGUCGGCCCUGAUGAGCAGCAUCAGCCAGGGGAUCGAGCCAGCGGUGCAGCUGGCCAUCCAGCACAUACGGGAGUCCGGGAAGUACUCGUUCUCUCUCAUCACCAAAAUCUACGACACCGAGUGUGACAACGCCAAGGGGCUGAGGGCCUUCUUCGAUGCCAUAUGCUAUGGCCCUAAACACCUGAUGAUCUUUGGCGGAGUCUGCCCUUCUGUGACCUCCAUCAUUGCAGAGUCCUUAGAGGGCUGGAACCUGGUCCAGCUGUCCUUUGCAGCCACAACCCCAGUCCUGGCAGACAAGAAAAAGUACCCCAACUUCUUCCGCACUGUCCCGUCUGAUAACGCAGUGAACCCAGCUGUAGUGAAGUUCCUCAACUACUACAACUGGAGCCGCGUGGGGACCCUAACACAGGACGUCCAGAGGUUCUCAGAGGUGAGGAAUGAUCUGACCAAUGAGCUGGAGAAAGCAGACAUUCAAAUUGCAGAUACGGAAAGUUUCUCCAAUGACCCGUGUGUCAACGUCAAGAAACUAAAGGACAAUGAUGUGAGGAUCAUCAUCGGCCAGUUUGACGAGAACCUGGCCUCCAAAGUCUUCUGCUGUGCGUAUAACCUAAACAUGUACGGCAGCAAAUACCAGUGGAUCAUCCCUGGUUGGUAUCAGGGUAACUGGUGGGAGCAAGCCAACAGCACCAACUGCACCACCAAGAAGCUGCUCACAGCCAUGGAGGGAUACAUCAGUGUGGACUUUGAGCCACUCAGUGCUCGCCAGAUCAAGGGUAUCUCUGGGAGGACCCCAAAGGAGUAUGAGCGGGAGUACAGUCGAGAGCUUCAGCAGAAAGGCGUGGAGUCCAGCAAGUUCCACGGCUUCGCCUACGAUGGGAUAUGGGUCAUUGCUAAAACUUUGACUCGAGUGAUGGAGCUGCUCAGGAAAAAACAACGGCAGAACACGUAUCACAACUUCACCGUGGACGACCGUGAAGUGGGGAAAAUGGUGCUGGAUGUCAUGAAUGAGACCAACUUCUUUGGUGUGACGGGCCAAGUCAUGUUUCGUAAUGGGGAGAGGAUGGGCACGAUAAAAUUCAACCAGUUUCAAGAGGGCCAGGAAGUAAAGGUUGGAGAAUACAAUGCCAUUGCUGAUGUGCUGGACCUCAUCAAUAACUCCAUAAGGUUCCAAGGUGUGGAGCCCCCAAAAGAUCGAACGUUCGUGCGUCUGCAGCGACGUCACAUCAACGUGCCCCUCUACAGCAUCCUGUCCACCAUCACUAUACUGGGCAUGCUCAUGGCAGGAGCCUUCCUUUUCUUCAACAUCAAGAACCGCAACCACAGACUUAUCAAGAUGUCCAGUCCCUACAUGAACAACCUGAUUAUCCUCGGGGGUCUGCUCUCCUAUGCCUCAAUCUUCCUGUUUGGUCUGGAUGGAGGAUUUGUCUCUGACAAAGAAUUUGAGACCCUCUGCACUGUUCGAACAUGGAUCCUCAUUGUUGGAUACACGACGGCUUUCGGCGCCAUGUUCGCCAAGACCUGGAGGGUGCAUGCCAUCUUCAAAAAUGUGAAGAUGAAGAAGAAGAUCAUAAAGGACCAGAAGUUGUUGAUUAUCGUCGGCGGGAUGCUGCUAAUCGACCUGUGCAUCCUCAUCACCUGGCAGAUCGUCGACCCGCUUAAGAGGACGGUGGAGGAGUACAGCUUGGAGGCGGACCCCCAAGGUCGAGACAUUGCCAUCCGCCCCUUCCUGGAGCACUGUGAGAACACCCACAUGACCAUUUGGCUGGGCAUCGUCUAUGCGUACAAGGGACUGCUGAUGUUAUUCGGUUGUUUCCUGGCAUGGGAGACGAGGAAUGUGAGCAUCCCCGCUCUCAACGACAGCAAAUACAUUGGGAUGAGUGUGUACAAUGUGGGCAUCAUGUGCAUCAUCGGCGCUGCGGUCUCUUUCCUAACAAGGGACCAGCCAAAUGUCCAGUUCUGCAUUGUGGCACUGGUGAUCAUCUUUUGCAGCACCAUCACUCUGUGUCUGGUCUUUGUUCCUAAGUUUAUCACGAUGAGGACCAAUCCUGAUGCUGCCACACAGAACCGAAGGCUAAAGUUCACCCAGAACCAGAAGAAGGAAGACUCCAAGACAUCCACCUCAGUCACCAGUGUGAACCAGGCCAACACAUCCCGACUAGACGGGCUCCAAACUGAUAACCACCGUCUCCGCAUGAGGAUAACAGAGUUGGACAAGGAACUAGAGGAGGUGACCAUGCAGCUGCAGGAUACCCCCGAGAAAACACCCUACAUCAAACAGAACCAUUACCCAGACGCCAACAACAUUCUCAGCAUACGCAACUUCACGGACGGAAAAGAUGGAGAGAAGUCAAUACUAAAGAACCAUCUGGAGCAGAAGCCCCAGGCACAAUGGGGUUCCAUGGAUCCUUCCAGAAUAAACAGAGGUCCCCUCGAGGAUAUCAACUCACCUGAACACAUACAGCGUCGACUGUCCUUGCAACUGCCCAUCCUGCAUCACGCCUACUUACCUUCCAUAGGAGGGGUCGACGCCAGCUGCACCAGCCCCAACGGAAGCCCUGGUUCCAGCCCCCGGCACAGACACAUGCCCCCCUCCUACCGGGUCAUGGUCUCUGGCCUGUGAGCUUCAUUCUCUCCCCCACGUGGCUCUUUGCAGAGGAGACAUAUAUGGUCCUUUUUUCUACUGCGAAUAGACUGAUAUCAUCAGCGUAUGUGUGUAUUUUGUCUCAGAACAAGGAGGACAAGGGGGAGAGGAGAGAGGGAGGGGGGAGGGGCAAAGUUUCACUCUUCACACCUCUUCACCCCGGCUUCUCUUGAGAACUGACAUCCUCAGUCAGGAAGGGGUGGGAGGAGAUAGAGUGGGCACUGGAUGACCCAUAGAAACUCCCAUGAUUCACAGCAAACAUCCCCUUGUUUAGCUGCUCCCCUUGCAUAUACACAUAUGCACGGUACAAACGAACGUACACAAAUACACACACAUGCACAAACACAGUGACACCCCUAUAGCAGAGCAGCGAUGGAGCAGCCCUGACCUGACGUGUAGCCUUAUCUGCUUCAAACGGGGGGGCGGGGUUGUCUUUUACUGUUCUUUAUCUGUUAUAUGUUCAGCUUGCUGCUACACGUGAGCUUGUCAUCUAACUUGAGUAUUUUACUGCUUCGGUGACUGGAUACCAGUGUGGGGACAAGGGAUUUACAAAAACCAACAAAGGAAAUCAUGGAAAUUACUCCUGUCCCCUUCUCGUACUUAUGGAGACGUGUAAAUAUCUUCAUUUCUGACUUUGAUGUACUGUAAGCUUUGUAUAUGCUGUGAAUGGACAGGUAAAGGGGUUAAAGUGCGGCGCUUGAUACAGAGGCAGGUAAAGUGGGAAAAUUUCCAAUUGAAGUUUAUAAAACAUGGCACCCUUGUGAGAAUUAGACAUAUGAAGGAGAUCGAAAGUGGUUUGUUUUAUUGUUUGGCAGAUAAGAUGCUAAGAGAGGGAUGCACAUGGCUCUUGUACCACUUUGCUAAAUUUUGCAGCACUGGUUUCUUUAGAGACUUCACAUCCGGCUUUCAUAAUUUACAAUUUGCGCUCAGAAAGCAUGAUAUACAGAAUAUUGAUGCUAUGCCUUUAAACAGGUCGCCAAGGCUGCAUAUUUUAGAAAAUAGAGCUAAAAAGACACCACAAGAGUGUUCCAAGGUUAUGUGUGUUUAAUGCCAAGAAUGCACACAUUCAGAUGUACACAUAAGAGGGCACCUUGUGCUUCUCACUGAGUGGUCUUCGUAGACUGUUAAGAUGUCCGUUUUUAGCCCUCACAGCUAACCAGCACAGACAAGAAAGGACUGAGUUGCGCAAAAAAGGGCACAAAAGUCACGCUUAAAAUGAAACUGAAUAAAAAGCAGUGAGCUUGGAAAGGAUGUAGGUCCUACUAAAUCCACAGCUGAAAUGGUGGACCUGAAUUUCCAUGAAGGCGAUGCACACAUGAGCCCCCAACCGGCUGUAGCUUUCAGUUCUAAUACACGGAGAUAGAUCAUAAAGCACAGACACAGGGCUUUCUUUCAUAAUGAAAUCACUCCACACUUAGCAGCGGGGAACAUACCUCACUUGCUAAUGAAAACGGGCUGUGAACUGAGUCUGAGAAGGCCGCACUGGGCUAAACGGUCAUCAGCACAGUGUCAUCGUGUGUUUUUUGUAAAACCGUCCUCAUGUGGGAGAAAAGAAUAACUCUGGACUGAAAACUGGACUUUAAAUAGAGUGAGAGAGUUUGUUCUCAGCAUAUGUUUCACCAUUGGUGUCUUGGUUUUUAGUUUUUAAGGCGUUUGUUGAGCGCUGUGCCUGUUGUCUUAUAUUGUAGCCUGCAGGAGCCACAGUACAUAACGUAGGGUGAAAAUGGCACUGAAACAAACAUCGGCCACACAUCUGUAUAUUGUACAACGUGUCAUAGAUUUUUUUCAAUUUAACGCCUCAAUGCAUGGGAAAGUGUGGGAGAACUCGGAGAGGCACGGACUUCCUCUUCGCCUAUCAUAAAAACUGUCAGUUUAAAGGCCAGUCAAGGAUACUGGAAAACUAACUAGCAGAGGUCCACCUGCUAUCGGACAUAUCAGGGGGGACUUCCUGUGAGAGCUCCUCCCCUUCCAGCCCCUGCAGAGGACACAGGAGCAGGGAAACCCUGAGCACAGACCUCCGAGGAGUCACGGCGUCUCCCGCACCUUUUUUGCCAACCAGAGAAUCACGGUCACUCCAACAAAGUGAGUGAGAGACUUUGUCAGAGGGUUGGUUCUUCCUUCAGGAGAACAGAAAAAACCAACUGCACAUUUUAUAUAUUACAUUCUAUGUGAUUGUGUACAAUUUGCUGAUACCCUGAUGAUGGUGUCCAUGUAUGGAUAUUUGGUAUUUGGCUUUCUCAAGACGGCAUGAUAUGAAAUGUAUAAUUCACAGAGUUACCUCUGUUUUUGCAACUGUCGUGACAAAUCCACUCCGUCAUGUCAUUCUCAACUACGAUUUGGUUUCUGUUUCUUUACACAGAUUUUUUUUAACCUGUUGAUCAGCUCACACAUGUCAAUGCCAAGAUUCUCAGUGGACAAACAUCAUCAUAUCAACUAUGCUACUGGUUUAGCAGUUCUUCACUGAGGGCAAUAAAGUGAAAGUAGUAGCAAACGAUCAAUCCUAACAACCCGCGCGUGGCAUUUACCAAAUUUAAAAAAUGACUUUUUUUAUUCGUCCAUCAAAAAUGCCAAAUGCAGAUCAUCAGGUAUGGUUCUGUUCUUUUAAAUGUGCCCUGAUUUGUCUUUCUUUUAAACUCGUUUGAGUUCCAACAUGGAUGAAAAGUUGUCUAAAUGCAAUUGUGAUGGGUCAAGGGCUCAUUAUUUCCACGCUGAUGGUUUGUACAUGCCACAGGUCUUUCUACCUUUUCUGUUCAAAGAUCAAAAGUGACAUUAUAUCUUUGUAUGUGUCAUCAUCAGGGUUUCUGGAGAACACGAAACAUACAUGUCCAAAAGUAUAACAAUAUGACGUAUAUAUUUAGUGGAAAAACACACACAGGUCCAUACUGUUACUGUUUUGUCAGUUUGAUAUGUGGUAUCACAUGGAGUUCAGUUCAAUUAAGAGUUUAAACGGUGAACAAAAAACCUAUGUUAAAUGCAACAUCUUCAAGAGGGGCAAUAACUUGUUUUCUUAUUACAGAAAGAAUAGAGAACUAUAUAUAUGUAUAUGUAAAAGAUCUUUACGUACAUUCAUUUUUACAUAGGAGAUAUUUCACAAAUGCGCCACAAGGAUACUUGGAAGUCAUUUUUUUAAUUUACAGUAUCUGUAACUAUGUUAUGUACAGAUGAGGUAUAGAUAUGAAAAAGUUGUAUAAAUAAGUAUCACACUUGGAACACCUGAACAUUUUUGAAGCCAUUAGUUGUUAUUGGGGAAGGGGGGGAUUUGAAUAACAUUCUUCUUUUAUUGUCUGAAUGUUAUGGACAGCCUUUACUUUUCACAUCAUCGUUAAAUAA